AUGGCUACUUUUGCCACUCCUACCACCUUCACCGGCCUCCCGGCCACCACCACUAAAAAACUGCCAAAUUCGCCUUUCUUUUCCACCUCCCRCACACGUUCAAAACAAACCCAUCGCACCUUCAAAGUCUCAUGCAACGUCGCCGAUGAGAACGAGAAGCGACUCGAAGCCGAAAAGCCUACUCUUCUUGAAGGCCUUAAUCUGGACCGGAGGAACUUGCUACUAGGGCUCGGCGCCGGUGGCCUUUACAUACCGGCGGCCUUUGCKGCUCCUAUCACGACGCCUGACAUCUCGACGUGCAAGGCCUCAGUCGAGGGUUUCUUUAACCUAAAAGAYCGCAUAAGAACCAAUGCAUGUUGUCCUCCGCUGCCGCUGCCGGGAAUAAAAUCCGUGAAAAAGCAUGUGUUACCUAGAAAUGAAGUGGUCCGGCUAAGACCAGCGGCACAUAGAGUCACUCCCGAGUACCUGGACAAGUACCAGAGAGCCAUGGCAGCCAUGAGGGCUCUCCCAGACGAAGACCCACACAGCUUCGUGCAACAAGCUAAAAUUCAUUGCGCUUACUGCAAUGGUGGUUACUUUCAGGAAGGUUACCCUGAUAAGGAACUGCAGGUUCACAACUGCUGGCUCUUCUUUCCAUUCCAUCGUUGGUACCUGUAUUUCUUCGAGAGAAUACUCGGAAAGUUGAUUAAUGAUCCAACUUUUGGCUUACCCUACUGGAACUGGGACAAUCCCAGUGGCAUGAGUAUGCCGGGAUUCUUUGAAGGGAAAACUCUGCCCAGCAACGAUCCAGCAAUAACUCCACCACUGAACCCUGCCUUUGACGCUUUUCGGAACGUGGAUCAUCUCCCACCAGCCAUCCUCGACAUCGACUACAGUAACACUGCCAGUGCCGAUUUUACUUGCGUACAACAGAUAGGCUCAAACCUGAGUUUAAUGUAUAAGCAGAUGAUCGCCAACUCCCCUAACUCAGAAACCUUCUUUGGUGGGAAGUUCAUAGCUGGAGAUGCUCCUAUUUCUAUAAAGAAUUCUAAAGGGCCAAUAGAGUCCGGUGUUCACACGGCGGCGCACAUAUGGGUUGGUAACCCCAGAAUGCCAAAUAAUGAGGACAUGGGGAACUUCUACUCAUCAGGAUGGGACCCUCUUUUCUACACCCAUCAUGCCAAUGUCGACCGUAUGUGGAAAAUAUGGAAGGACUUGAAGGGACCCGAUUACCCUGACCACACCGAACCUACAGACCCUGAUUGGCUGAACGCAUCAUACGUGUUUUACGACGAGAACAAAGAGCUUGUACGUGUCUACAAUAAAGACUGUGUGCAGAUGGAGAAUCUACUUUACGAAUAUGAACCUUCCCCACUCCCCUGGCUUAGGAGCCGACCAGUUGGACGUAACAAGAAUUCAAAUGUUGCAGCCAAGUCCUCUGGAAAGGUGAAAAAAGUGGAGGAGACCAAGUUCCCGCUGAAACUAGACGGUAUAGUCAAGGUCUUGGUGAAGAGGCCAACCACAAACAGAACCAAAGAGGAUAAGAAGAAAGCCUAUGAGCUAUUGUACGUUAAUGAUAUCAAGUUCGAUGGCGAGAAGUUUGUCAAGUUUGAUGUGUUUGUAAAUGACCUAGACGACGGUACCCCAUGCAGUCCACAGGACAGUGAGUUUGCAGGUAGUUUCUCGCAGGUGGCACAUUUGCGUGGGCACAAAAUGUUGAUGACGAGUGGGGUAAAGUUCGGGUUGAAUGAGCUGUUGGACGACAUAGAAGCCGAGGCUGAUGAAUACAUUUUGUUGACACUGGUACCAAGGGAGGGGUGCCAGGAAGUCACCAUUGGAGAGAUCAAGAUUGCGUUGGUUCCAUCAAGUGCAAAUUGAGGAUGAUCGAUCGGUGCCAACCGACAUUAUCUAAUCGUAUAUCUAUGUUUGUCUGUCUGCAUUUCCUUUCAAUAAUCGUAGACCCUGCAUUGCAUUGUACGGUUACAACUUGUUGUUUCAGUAAUAAUAAUGAGUUCAUUGUCUGUUUGUAUCCU